UGAACAUGCACCAUGCCACGCUCCUCCAAAUCUUCUCAAGCCGACCUGUUCUUCAGAAUCUUUGAGAGCCUCCCUGAAAGCCUCGUGGAACUGCCUAGUUAGCCCUUCCGGCUGAUAAUGAUGGCAAUCGGAUACCAACUGCAACACUUACUAUCAAGUGCUUUCCCUUUCACAAUGUUCCGUAGAGAAAAACGACAAGAUUUACGCUCAGCGUCUCACGCAGGCAGCUGGUACACCGACGAUGGCGAAGAAUUGGCCACUGAGAUCUCUGGAUGGUUGACUCAAGUACAAGGAGUACAUCCGCCUUAUCCCAUAGCAGGAUGUAAAGCAGUGAUAGCCCCACAUGCUGGAUAUUCGUACUCUGGGGCUGCUGCUGCAUGGGCGUAUAAGAGCAUAGAUACUACUGGAAUCAAGCGUGUAUUCAUUCUCGGGCCCUCUCAUCACCUGUAUGUGGACGGCUGUGCUCUAUCUAGAUGCAAGGAAUAUGCUACGCCUGUCGGAAAUCUUCCGCUUGACCUCGAAACUAUCAAUGAACUUCGGGAUACGGGGAAAUUUGAGGACCUUGAUAUAGAAGCUGACGAGGCAGAACAUAGCCUUGAAAUGCACCUACCGUAUGUAAGGACGAUCUUCAAAGGGAUGGACAUCUCCAUCAUACCAAUCAUGGUCGGCGCGAUCUCAAAACAGUCGGAAGUUGUUUACGGGCAGCUCCUUGCGCCCCAUCUUGCCAGAGAAGACACUUUCUGCGUCGUAUCUAGUGACUUCUGUCAUUGGGGAAGCCGAUUCUCAUAUACCUACUACUACCCAGAACCUAAGCCCAGCAGUGAGCCGGCACUCCACCUAUCUCGCGCUAUCGCACCUUUGAGCUCCCAUCCGAUCCAUGAAUCCAUCAGCAGACUAGACCACGAAGCAAUGGAUAUCCUCACCAUUCCGUCUUCCUCUGCAUCUGAAGUGCAUGCCGAAUUUGCUAGGUAUCUUUCAAGGACGAAGAACACAAUAUGUGGCAGGCAUCCUAUCGGCGUCCUCCUCGGCGUUUUGGCAACACUCGAGGAGAACAAGGAAGUUCAUCCGACUAUUCAAUGGGUGCGCUAUGAGCAAAGUAGUGCCUGCGUGACCAUCAGAGACUCAAGUGUCAGUUAUGCUUGUGCUUGGAUCAGAUUCUGAGGGCAGUGUUCUCAGAUUUGAGUAUUAAAUCAAGUAUAGUUGAAUGUGUUAGAGAAAUUGUCAAACAA